GUCAGUGCGGAGCGGCGCUGAGGCGAGCGCGGCCCCCGUUCCUCCCGGCGCGGCCUCGCUCUCCUCCCUCCCCUUUCUCCCCUCCCUCCAUUCCCUCCCUCGCCCUUCCCGCUCCAUUCCCGGCGGCGGGGGGGUCUCCCGGCCUCGGUGGAGGCGGCGAUGGGGAUGGCCGGGUUUUUGUCGCUGCGCUGCCCCGCCGGCUGCUGACCCCGCUGCGCCCGCGUCCCGCGGACACCCCGCGCCAGAAAACACCAACAAGAAGGAUAACUUGAAAGGCUCUUGUUGACUUCAGUUCCUUGACUGCACUGCAAGCAGCCAGGAUGUCGGGGGCUUCGGUGAAGGUGGCUGUUCGGGUCCGGCCUUUCAAUUCCCGAGAAACCAGCAAAGAGUCCAAAUGUAUCAUCCAGAUGCAAGGCAAUUCAACCAGUAUUAUCAACCCAAAGAAUCCUAAGGAAGCACCAAAGUCCUUCAGCUUUGACUACUCCUAUUGGUCCCACACAUCGCCUGAAGAUCCCUGCUUUGCAUCCCAGAGCCGUGUGUACAAUGAUAUUGGGAAGGAGAUGCUGCUGCACGCCUUCGAGGGCUACAACGUGUGCAUCUUUGCCUAUGGCCAGACUGGAGCUGGGAAAUCCUACACCAUGAUGGGCAAGCAGGAGGAGAGCCAAGCAGGCAUCAUUCCCCAGCUAUGUGAAGAGCUAUUUGAGAAAAUCAAUGACAACAGUAAUGAGGAAAUGUCAUAUUCUGUAGAGGUGAGUUACAUGGAGAUCUACUGUGAGAGAGUCAGAGACUUGCUGAACCCGAAGAACAAAGGGAAUUUGCGGGUGCGAGAACAUCCUCUCCUUGGCCCCUACGUGGAAGAUCUGUCCAAGUUAGCAGUGACAUCUUACACAGACAUUGCAGACCUCAUGGAUGCUGGGAACAAAGCCAGGACUGUGGCAGCCACCAACAUGAACGAAACCAGCAGCCGCUCUCACGCUGUGUUUACAAUUGUCUUUACCCAGAAGAAACAUGACACAGAGACUGACCUUUCCACAGAGAAGGUCAGCAAGAUCAGCCUGGUGGACCUGGCUGGCAGUGAGCGGGCGGACUCCACUGGUGCCAAAGGAACCCGGCUAAAGGAAGGAGCAAAUAUAAACAAGUCUCUCACCACUCUGGGCAAAGUUAUUUCAGCAUUGGCUGAAGUGGAUAACUGCACCAGCAAGAGCAAAAAGAAGAAGAAGACAGACUUUAUACCCUACAGGGAUUCUGUACUAACGUGGCUUCUUCGAGAAAAUCUAGGUGGUAACUCCAGAACUGCAAUGGUUGCUGCUCUCAGUCCAGCAGACAUAAACUACGAUGAAACUCUGAGCACUUUAAGGUAUGCUGACCGUGCAAAGCAGAUCAAGUGCAAUGCUGUCAUCAACGAGGAUCCCAACGCCAAGCUGGUGCGGGAGCUGAAGGAGGAGGUGACGAGGCUCAAGGAUCUCCUGCGUGCCCAAGGCCUGGGGGAUAUCAUUGACAUUGAUCCACUGGGAGAUGAAUACUCUGGAAGUGGAGGCAAAUAUUUGAAAGAUUUUCAGAACAAUAAGCAUAGAUACUUGCUAGCCUCCGAGAAUCAACGUCCUGGCAAUUUUUCCACAGCCUCCAUGGGGUCCCUCACUGCAUCUCCAUCCUCCUGCUCUCUCAGUAGUCAGGUGGGCUUAACAUCUGUGUCCAGUAUACAGGAAAGAAUCAUGUCAACACCUGGAGGAGAAGAGGCCAUUGAGCGUUUGAAGGAAUCUGAGAAGAUCAUUGCAGAGCUGAAUGAAACAUGGGAAGAGAAACUGAGGAAAACAGAGGCCAUUAGGAUGGAAAGGGAGGCCUUGUUGGCAGAAAUGGGGGUUGCCAUUCGGGAAGAUGGAGGAACACUGGGAGUCUUCUCACCCAAAAAGACUCCUCAUCUUGUAAACCUUAAUGAAGAUCCACUCAUGUCUGAAUGUCUGCUGUACUACAUCAAAGAUGGCAUCACAAGGGUGGGGCAGGCGGACGCCGAGCGCAGGCAGGACAUUGUUCUGAGCGGGGCUCACAUCAAGGAGGAGCACUGCGUCUUCCGCAGCGAGAGGAACAACAACGGUGAAGUUAUUGUUACUUUGGAGCCUUGUGAGCGAUCAGAAACCUACGUGAAUGGCAAGAGGGUUGUGCAGCCUGUGCAGCUGCGCUCAGGAAAUCGCAUCAUCAUGGGUAAAAAUCAUGUCUUCAGAUUCAACCACCCAGAGCAAGCACGAGCAGAAAGAGAGAAAACUCCAUCAGCUGAGACUCCCUCAGAGCCAGUGGACUGGACAUUUGCUCAGAGGGAGCUUCUGGAGAAGCAGGGCAUUGACAUGAAGCAAGAGAUGGAGAAAAGAUUACAAGAAAUGGAGAUCUUAUAUAAGAAAGAGAAGGAGGAAGCUGAUCUCUUGUUGGAGCAGCAAAGACUGGACUAUGAGAGUAAACUGCAGGCCCUCCAGAAGCAGGUAGAGACACGGUCCUUGGCAGCUGAAACAACAGAGGAGGAGGAGGAGGAGGAGGAGGAAGUGCCCUGGACACGCCAUGAAUAUGAACUUGCCCAGUGGGCUUUCAGGAAGUGGAAAUUCCACCAGUUCACUUCACUGAGGGACCAGCUCUGGGGAAAUGCAGUGUAUCUGAAGGAAGCCAAUGCCAUCAGUGUAGAGUUAAAGAAGAAGGUGCAGUUCCAGUUCGUGCUGCUCACGGACACCCUGUACUCGCCGCUGCCGCCGGAGCUGCUGCCCCAGCCCGAGCCCGACAAGAGCCGCGAGCGCCGGCCCUUUCCCCGCACCGUGGUGGCUGUGGAGGUGCAGGACCUCAAGAAUGGAGCAACACAUUACUGGUCCUUGGAAAAACUCAAGCAGAGGCUGGAGCUGAUGCGGGAGAUGUACGACCGGGCGGGGGACGUGGCCUCCAGCAGCCAGGAGGAGCCCGAGGGCUCCAUGACGGGCAGUGACCCCUUCUACGACCGCUUCCACUGGUUCAAGCUCGUGGGCAGCUCCCCCAUAUUCCAUGGCUGCGUCAACGAGCGCCUGGCCGAUCGCACGCCCUCCCCCACUUUCUCCACGGCCGACUCCGACAUCACUGAGCUGGCAGAUGAGCAGCAGGAUGAGAUGGAGGACUUUGAUGAUGAGGCCUUUGUGGAUGACACUGGCUCCGACGUUGGGACUGAGGAGGGAUCAGACCUCUUCAAUGAUGGGCGCGACCCGUUUUACGACCGAUCCCCUUGGUUCAUUUUAGUGGGAAGAGCGUUCGUGUACCUGAGCAACCUGCUGUACCCAGUGCCCCUGAUCCACAGGGUGGCCGUGGUCAGCGAGAAGGGCGAGGUGCGCGGCUUCCUGCGCGUGGCUGUGCAGGCCAUAGCAGCUGAUGAAGAAGCCCCAGAUUAUGGAUCUGGUAUUCGACAGUCUGGGACUGCUAAAAUUUCAUUUGACAAUGAGUAUUUUGAUAAGAAUGAUUUUUCUUCAGUUGCCAUGACUCGGUCUGGGCUGUCACUGGAGGAGUUAAGGAUUGUGGAAGGGCAAGGACAGAAUUCAGAGGUUACCACUCCUCCAGAGGAGAUCAACAGAAUGAAUGAGCUGGACUUGAAGUCAGCCACUUUGGAUGGAAAGAUGACCAUGGAAGGAUUCACUGAGGAAAUUGGUGAUCACCUGAAGCUGGGCAGUGUGUUUACCUUCCGUGUGACAGUGCUCCAGGCCAGUGGCAUCCUGCCCGAAUAUGCAGAUAUUUUCUGCCAGUUCAACUUUCUGCAUCGACAUGAUGAAGCUUUCUCAACAGAACCUCUCAAAAACAAUGGCCGAGGGACUCCCCUUGGGUUUUACCAUGUUCAGAAUAUUGCUGUGGAAGUGACAGAAUCGUUUGUGGAGUACAUCAAAACAAAGCCUAUUGUCUUUGAAGUCUUUGGACAUUAUCAGCAGCAUCCUCUCCACCUGCAAGGACAGGAUCUCAACAGCCCUCCACAGCCUUCUCGAAGAUUCUUUCCUCCCCCGAUGCCGCUGUCCAAGCCAGUGCCAGCUACAAAGCUGAAUACUAUGAGCAAGCCCAGCUUGGGCCAGAGUGUGAGCAAAUACGACCUCCUUGUGUGGUUUGAGAUCAGUGAACUGGAGCCAACAGGGGAGUACAUCCCUGCCAUCGUGGAUCACACCGGGGGCCUGCCCUGCCAGGGCACCUUCCUGCUGCACCAGGGAAUCCAGCGCAGGAUCACGGUGACCAUCAUCCAUGAGAAGGGCAGUGAGCUGCACUGGAAGGAUGUGCGAGAGCUGGUGGUUGGGCGUAUAAGAAAUAAAGCAGAGGUGGAUGAAGCUGCUGUGGAUGCCAUUUUGUCUUUGAAUAUUAUCUCUGCAAAGUACCUGAAGUCCUCUCACAGCUCCAACAGGACUUUCUACCGGUUCGAGGCAGUUUGGGACAGUUCCUUGCACAACUCCCUGCUCCUCAAUCGAGUGACACCCUAUGGGGAGAAGAUCUACAUGACCCUUUCUGCCUACCUGGAGCUGGACCACUGCAUCCAGCCCGCUGUGAUCACCAAGGAUGUUUGCAUGGUGUUCUACUCGCGGGACGCCAAGAUCUCGCCCCCGCGCUCCCUGCGCAGCCUCUUCGGCAGCGGCUACUCCAAGUCCCCCGACUCCAAUCGAGUAACUGGGAUCUAUGAACUGAGUUUAUGCAAAAUGGCAGACACAGGAAGUCCAGGAAUGCAGAGGAGGAGGAGGAAAGUCCUGGAUACUUCUGUGGCCUAUGUGAGGGGAGAAGAGAACCUGGCAGGUUGGAGGCCCAGGGGUGACAGCCUCAUUUUAGAGCAUCAGUGGGAACUGGAGAAACUGGAGCUGCUGCAUGAGGUGGAAAAAACCCGACAUUUUCUUCUGCUUCGUGAGAAGCUUGGUGACAGCAUCCCCAAGUCCCUGAGUGACUCCUUGUCUCCCAGCCUGAGCAGUGGAACCCUCAGCACCUCCACCAGCAUCUCCUCCCAGAUUUCAACCACGACCUUCGAGAGCGCGGUGACGCCCAGCGAGAGCAGCGGCUACGACUCGGCCGACAUCGAGAGCCUGGUGGACAGGGAGAAGGAGCUGGCCACCAAGUGUCUGCAGCUUCUUACUCAUACCUUCAAUCGGGAAUUCAACCAGGUGUACAACAGCAUCAGUGAUUGUAAGCUCUCAGACAUUUCUCCCAUCGGGCGGGACCCGUCCGUGUCCAGUUUCAGCAGUGCAACCCUCACCCCCUCCUCCACCUGCCCUUCUCUGGUGGAUUCCAGGUGCAAUUCAGUGGAUCAGAAGACACCAGAAGCAAAUUCUCGUGCCUCUAGUCCCUGUCAUGAGGUGGAACAGUUCCAGAUAAUUCCUGCAGUAGAAACUUCUUAUCUUGCCAGAGCUGGAAAGAAUGAGUUCCUAAACCUUGUUCCUGACAUUGAGGAAAUCAGACCAGGCUCUGUGGUGUCAAAGAAAGGAUACCUCCACUUCAAGGAGCCACUCUCCAGCUCCUGGGCCAAGCACUUUGUGGUGGUUCGCCGUCCCUACGUUUUUAUUUACAACAGUGACAAAGAUCCUGUAGAAAGAGGACUCAUAAACUUAUCCACAGCUCAGGUGGAAUACAGUGAGGAUCAACAGGCAAUGGUAAAGACACCCAACACGUUUGGAGUGUGCACCAAGCACCGUGGGGUGCUGCUGCAGGCCAUCAAUGACAAGGACAUGAAUGACUGGUUGUACGCCUUCAACCCUCUCCUCGCAGGCACAAUUCGGUCCAAACUGGCUCGAAGGCGCACGGGCCAGAUGAAGUACUGAGUCCAUGCAAUGUUCUCAUCUGUCCUCCCACUCACCUGCCAUAGAUAGUGUUACCUCUCAUUUCUCUUUGUGAUUCUUGAUGGUUUCUCUUGUAUGUAAUCCUGUGGCUUUAACAUCCCCCACCUUCCCCACUCCUUCAGCACAUUUUCUAGUAUCCUAACCCUUCCUUGUUUCUUUUCAUCCAUACCAGAAUUGUACUAGUAGCAUGUGGCCAAACAAAAAGAGAAAGGAAAAAAAAAAUCAAAAAACUCGAGUGAUUAUGCACGACUCUAAAAAGAAAAAAAAAAUAUUUUUUUUCCCUAUAACAAUUGUUUUCCCAUUUCAACUGACCUGUUGGUGUCUGUCCCACUGCCCACUGUCUGUCUAGACUGCUACAGGGUUUUCAUUCAAUCUGUGACUUGGCAGUGGUCAUUGGUUCCCUCAGGGCAAAGUUCCAAUGCCAGGGAAAGAUAAAUUGUUUAAUGAGACAUUACCCAGCCAGGAACUGCAAUGGCUCCUCAGGCUUUCUGGAUCCAGCCUCGAAGUUACGCUCUGUGGAAAGCUGAUAUUGGACAAAUCUAUCUGGGCAGACUGGAUUUUGGACUUUGUGCAACUUCUGAGUUUCCAGGGUGCAGCAGGCUAAGGCAUGAGCUAGGAAAAGUUAGGGAACAAACCAGGAGGGGCUGGCUAGAGCAAUCUGCCUUUAAACUCUUGCUGUGGGGUUGCAGGUGAACACUGCUUGGCUUUAGCUCUUUCCCAGAAGAGUUUCCAUCAGCACUCACUCCUCAGCCUCCAGCUGAGCUGAGCAGACUGUGCUGGUAUGAGGGAAAUAGACCACAGACUGAAAUACGAGAUAAAAUCCCCAAAAUUUCAGAUGCUCGAGCUGUGUAUUUGACAGAUGGAGAGUGUUAAAUGGAAAUGAAAGUGCAGUUGGUCCCUGGAUCACCAUGGAGGGCAGACCCCCUCUUCCUCCUCCAGUCCUGACUUCCAGGUUCUGCAGGAACAGUUCUCACCUCUCUGGAGGAGAUUCAGGGCUCCCUUGGCUGUCUCAGGGUAGCAGCUCUGCAGCAUUGUUCCCUUACCUGAAAUGCUUCCACAUCACCCACCUGUCCAUGGAGCAUCCAAGGUCUGUGGAACAGCACCUGCAGUGUUCUCCAGGGAGCUGCAGGACACUUGCAGUUCCUUUUGAAGUAACUGCUGAGUGUCUCCUCAUUUCCCUGCUGCAAUUGUCAUCAGCUAAACCCCACUGUCUUCAGAGUUAAUCCUUCCUGGGGAAUAGAGCAAGUGGAUUCUGGUCCUGUUCUUGACCUACAGUAAGUUCUUGUGGCCAAAGCUUUGGUCCUUGCCCAAGAAAGAAAAGCAGAAUGAAUUUCCUUUUGGGGAACUGAACUCCUCUCUCUGAGUCAGGUGUUAGGGAGUUGGGUGUGUGUCCUUUCCUGCUGGGUUAUCCCUUCUGCUGUAGCUUGGGCUGACAGGGCUGGCUGUGGUCUGGCAGUGUUCUGGGUUUCAUCUGAGGCUCCAGCCCAGGAGCUCGUUUGGGUUCAGGUCACGCCCGGGAGUUCUGUGGCCACGUGUGUGGGACUGGAACCUGUUGGCAAAGGGCUUUGCUGUGUGGGGUCUGUGCUUUGGGGGUCUGUGCUUUGGGGGGUCUGUGCUUUGGGGGUCUGUGCUUUGGGGGGUCUGUGCUUUGGGGGUCUGUGCUCUGGGGGUUCCAUCAUUCAGGAGAGUGCAGUGCACAGUGAGACCUCCCAACAGCCUGCAAGGCAAAGCAGCAGGGAGAGGGAGCCUGACCCUGCCAGGACAGAUCUUUACAGGUCUCAAGGGAGUUCUCAGGCUGAAUGGUGUGCUCAUGCUGUCUCUGUUCUCAGAUUUAUUUCAGAACUGGAAGCCAGAGUGAGGGAGCAUCCUGGGGACCCAGGAACGUGAUAGGGAUGGGGUUUUUUGUUUUUGGUUUUUCCUUCUGUUUUUGUCUUGUUUAACUGUGUGUGACUCUUAGUACAGUGAUGAUAUUCCUUUGUUAUGCAAUGAUGAUAAAGCACUUCCAGUGUGUGGAUAAAGCUGCUUGUCCUGCACGAGGGCUCCUCACACUGCAGCUAAGCUGAUCUCAAGAAUUAGGUUAAUUCUAAGCAUUAAGUUAUUGCUGCCAUCACCACUAUAAUGACAGUGGAACCUCUGAGGAGAUGGAGUGAUUGAGGUGGUGGUAGGUUGUGACACACUGAGGGCAUUUUAACUUUCAUCUGUUUCUUUUUUUUUAACUAGAAGUAAACUAGUUUUCUAAGUCUUUGCUUUGGAUAAGCCAGAGGAUGAACCAAGUGGAUUUAGGCAUUGCACAAAUCAUGAUUGAGGGAUCUUCCUUCAAAAGCAGGAAGAGACAGAUGCAUAUUUUAUACAGAGCUUGAAGUGUUUCAGUUGUUGCAUAAAUGUCAUUCUUCUUCCUUAAAACUCCAAGCAGCUUCUGGUGACUUGAGGUCUGAGUGGAUAACAGAUCAUCAGAAGAGCACAAGUCUUGUUUUAAGCAUCAGCAUCUCUUAAAGCUGCGUAAUCUGUGGCAAACCAGGUCCUUGUUGUGUGAGUUCAAAUGGGUAUUGAUGUUUUCAGGUCUGGCACAAAGGCAAAGUUUUUCUGCAAUUACUGAAGCCUGCUUUGAGACAUUUGGGUUUCCCUACUUUAAACUGGACUGAAACCAAAACAAGUUGUCUUCAAGGAGAUAACAAACCAAACAAAUAAACAAAAAAGUGAAUUUCCAUUCACUUCAAAGCUUAGCCCAGUUAGAAAUUUCUUUUGGAAGCAGACUGAGGAAGGCAGAAUGUGCUGAGUUGCCUUGUGGUGACAAGUGCCCGUUGUUGGCCACCUGCUGUGUGUGUGCAGUCCCAGGGUCAGGCAGCUCUGGGGACUCGGCCUCUGCAGAGGAGGCUCCUGCUGGGGCUGCCAGCCCACAGGACACACACUGCGGGGAGCCCGGGCGUUCCCUGGGGAGAGCCCGCAGCACUCUGCUGUGUUUGGGUUUUUAUGUUGGAAGGAGAAAAACUGUCCCUUUUGUCCAUUGAAAAUUAUGUUGGAUCAUGCUGGGUAUUUUAAAGUUAAGCUAAACCUCCUAUACUGUUUUAGAAAUGCACUUUAAGUCCGUUUUUAAAGAAGAUUCCUGUACUCUGAAGAGAAGGGAGUUCUAUUUCCAGACUGCUGAGAAAAGGUUUUUUUGUCAAUGUCUAAUAGUCCUUAUUACUGAUUAGCAUGGUAUUUCAAAGCAAAGACUUUACUUUUUGCUGCUUGUUACCUAAUUUACAGGGAUUUAAUUUUAUGUAAUGUAUUGUAUAUUUAUACAUCUGUAAUUAAUUGCACAUUAGAUAAGAGGAUGAGCUCUGGUCUAACAGGCACUGCCUGCAGUGGGGCUGGGCUGGGAUUGCUGGAGAUGCUGAGCAGGGAGGGUCCUGCUGCUGGCAGGGUUUGCUGCUGUCCCCACGCGGGGCUGGCGUGGGCAUCUCUCUGUUGUGGUUACUCACCAGUCUGUGCUCUGGCUGUAGUGUCUGUAGCAGGAUGUAUUAACUUCGUGCUUCCUUGUUUAAAAACAUCUGUUCAAGAACAGGACUGACUUUUGUUCAGAAGGCCAUUUAUGUGUUCUGUGUAUUUGAAAUCAAAACUAGUCCAACACUAACCAGAUGAUUGUGUCCAAUGUUAUUUGGAACAGGAUUUAAAUUGCUGGGAUCAGCUGUGUAUUCAGAAAACUGGUGUGGAGCUCCCAAGUCUUCAGUUGUUAAUGUUGCCCCUGAGCAGUGCUGAAUUCACCUCCUGCUUGCCUGGAGCCAGGGACUGGAGGCAGAGGGAGUCCUGAGUGAUCAGCACUUGCCAGGAUCAGCUCUGAAUUUCCCACUUUGCUUGUUCAUACUUCAUGUGCAGUUGGUUUUGGCUCCCGAAUUUGGCCGUCAGACGUGCUCUGCACUGGAACACAUCCCUGGGAAUUGCCUCUGUGCACAAGGUACACGCUGUGUAAGUGGCCUUCUCGAACAAAUCUCUUUGCAAACUGAUUUCAUCCCAGCGAAGGAGUGUAUCAGCAACACUGUACAUUAAUUUCAGGUUUUCAUUUUCUUAUUUUAUUUUGUAAAUAUAUCAGAUAUUUGGAGCUUGAGUAUACAAAAUGUAAAUAUAGUUCAUGUAUUUGUACUAAUUCUGACCCAUUUGCUGUAUAGCCUUAGGUGUGCAAUGCAGAUAUCUAACUGUGUAUGGUAACCUUGCACCACUGAAUUGUUAGUGAACGAGGUGAAACAAUAAAGGUACAACCAGUGCAUUAGCAGAUAGAA